GUUUUAGUCUUUACCCCACCAGAUUGGUUCAGACUCCAGACUUUGGUCCCUUCUUUUGCCAAAACAUAAUCACACCUUGGCCGGACAUGAUGUGUCGCUGUUCAUCGAAAAUUGCGCGGCUUUUCGAAGACGGAGUUGUUGAAAGCUUUUGGCUCUCAUUAUCCACGGUUGUGCAGUACCGAAGCCAUGGUGAAGCGCAUCUUGGUUGUGUUUGAUGGCUCGCGCGGCGACGUUCAGCCAUACAUGGUCGCUGCGAAAGCUCUCAUCAUGGCUGGCUAUGAUGUGAUGACAUCGGGCCCGGGUGAUGCAGAUGCUCUUGCCAAGCACUUUCAGGUGCCUUUUACUCGAAGCCGCCUCAGUACUGGGAAACUAGUGGCCGACCCAGAAAUGCAGAAGGCGUUCGCUGUGAACGACAUGCAAGGCAUGAUGACGGCGCAAGAUCGUAUCAGGGACGAGCUUGUCACACCUGAAACCAGAGCAAGAGAUUUGGGUCUUCUGUACCAGCUGCUGGUGGAAUGGAAACCAGAUUUGGUGCUGACAGGUUUUCUCACGUUCACGCCGAUUGUGAUGAUGAAGACUGAGAUCCCAGUCCUGGUUUUGAGCCUUCAGCAUACAAGACCAAGUCGAUCUUGUUCGCCCAUGGGUUUGACAGGAACACCUACUGUCUUGCGCAAGUGUGUGUGGUAUUUGGUGAUGAGCAUUAUGCUCAAGUCAGAGCUGAAGAAUUCCUCGAAAGUGAUUGCGCAGCUGACGGGCAAGCCUGCCCCCAAACUGCAGGUUUUGUUGAGAGAAUUGUAUCAGGUCUGGAGUGCCAACCCUGCCUUUUUGUCCAUCAUUGCAUGCAGUCCCACUUUGAAUGGAGACAUUCCAGCAGAGUUCAAUGCCAACAAUGUGCAGAUUGGAGCGCUGAUGCCAACGCCUCAGCAACAGCAAGGGAGCGAGUUUGGCGGAGAGCAGGAAAAACUCCUAGAGGAUUUCCUCGCCGCAGGGAGUGCACCAGUCUACUUUGGCUACGGCUCGCUCAUUUGUGGUUCAUCCAAGUUCAUGUGCCUGCUGUCCUUGAGAGCAUUGAAAAAGACCGGCGAGCGUGGCAUUCUAGUUUCAAGUUGGUCGACCAUGUCUGAGGCCGACAUUCUUGGGGAACCAGACGCUGAGGAGCUCAAAGCCUACUGUGCGGAGAAGGUCUUGUUCAUGAAGACAGCCCCACAUGGUCGUUUAUUCCCUCGAUGCAAAGUUUGUGUUCAUCAUGGGGGUGCAGGCACAUUCAACUCCUCUGCCAGGUCAGGCACGCCAACGGUCAUUACGCCCAUCAUCGUGGAUCAGUAUGAUCAUUCAGACUUGCUGAAUCAGAUGGGCUUCGGUGUUGGUCUGAAGAUGAUGUCCAAGCUCAAGCCCGACGACUUGGCAGGGGCCAUCCAACAGUGCAUCCACUCAGAGUCCAUCAAAGAAAAAGCUAAAGCAGUGGCUCAAGGAAUGGAAAAGGAAGAUGGCCAGAGCCGCCUGGUUGAAGUCGUCAAUGAUUACUUUGAGAGCCACAUCAAAACGGGGCGGCAUGCAGCGAUCAAAGCCAAGCUUGAUCAGCAGCGAAGUGGCUGUUGUGCAUGCAUGGGAUCAU